GCAGGAGUCCAUCGCUGCUAAGGUCGAGUCAUGUCGUAUCCGCUUGGGACAAGUAAUAAGGAAUGCAACGAAGGUUGUGCGAAAAAGUGCGAAACAAAACCGAAACCCGCAUCUCAAACAAUCUCAGGUGCGGUUGCGUCCGGCAUCGUGGACACGUGCACAGCAAUGUAUUCAAUGUUGCCGAACGUUCCCGGAAUGCCGCAAGUUUCGGGUUCCAUGAAAUGUCCAUCGCCUUCGUUUGCCUCUGCUGCAUCGAACAUCGCCACGGUUCUCGCAUCCACCUGUGGAAAAAUGCAGACGGCCGGUGCGAAAAAAGAGGGCGGGAAGGAAUCGGCAACUUCCAUUCCGAUUUCGAGGAUCUUGGUGGACAAUGCGUACGCACUAGGCAAGAAUGUUCAGCUGUUGCUGGACGAAAUUGCGAAAGAUGCUGCAAAAAUGUUGCCGGGAUGGGGGACGAGUGCUGAUUGCAAUCACAACGUGAAAUCGACCGCGUUCUACACGGAUUUGGUACAAGACCCCGGGUGUGCUUCAUUCCUGCUUCAACAACUCAUUACGAUGGCUGGAGCUCAAGCCUUGGAUGAUGAGGUUCUUCGGGCGAUCGUGCAGUUUUCUAAUGACCGGAGCGCCGAUCCAGAAAGUGUCGCCUCCGUGGCGGCUGCCAUCUUAUCCUAUCCUGCCUUGAGCACCGCCUUCGAUUGCGACGUGAACCCGAUUAACGUGGCGGCUGCCUUGCGAGGAGCUCUGAGGCACAGAAAUUUUUUGUCCGUUCUCGGAGGCCUUUUCAAUCGUGAGAACGUCAGAAAAUCUGCCAACAAUGUUUCGCUGAACACUUUACUGCAAUUCCUCAUCAAAAAUUCCUCUCAUGGAGACUUGGUUUCCGUGACGGGAGCCAUGAGUUGUUGCGUGGAAACAUUGGAAAAAACUGAACUCGGUCGGGAUGUUUUACUCAACACCCUGGAUCUAGUCGAAGGUGAUUUACGAUUGAUGUUGACCAAGAUGUUGGUAUCAUCUUGCCACGAACCUCUGAUUCGUCCGUUUGUUGCAAAGGUGAUCCAUCACAGCCUUCAGAAGACCCCGGAGGGUCUGCGACAUCAAUUCCUUGUUGACCUCUUCCCGGACAUCUUUGAUGCGGGUACAAUUGGAUCCCGGUUUCUAGCAUCAGGCACUGAAGACGUCAUCAGGGCUUUGAUCCACCACUCGGGCCGCAGUGGGGAUCAAAAGAAGUUCAGAGUUGCCCUCGAGGCCCUGUGGGUCGCGAGGCGAAAUGCUCGCGGGCUCGGCUUGGCGAAUUUCCCCCUUCGCGUGGAGCCCUUGUACCAUUGUGUCAGCAUCAGGGCCGCCAUGCUGGUCACCGCUUUCCUUCACCAAGUUGCUAGGUUGGUUUCCGCAGGUGAGCUCGAAGACAUUGCCCUGCGAUACGUCGUGCUAGUGUUUGCCGUUCAAUUUCGCACGCAGGAAGCUGAAGCCGAGGUAAGUGUUCAGUUUUCUUUGUGGGGCGGAGUAGAAAAUUGUCGCCGGGGCGACGACGGGGAGGCUCCAAUUACGCCGCGGCGCCGCCGAGACUGGAUACCGGCGCUCAUUAAGUCUGGCAGGCGGCUAAUGGACGCCCCGGCACCCCGGAAAAUUGCCCACAAAUUCACGCCGCGGAUUUUCUGUCAGACGGGCUACUUUGCAACCGGGGCCUCGCCCCGUUGA